AUGACUUAUGCAGAAACUUGUGGAAGAAGAGUCUACUCUGGCUUACAGUGUCAAAGAGAUGAGACCAUCAUCUCUUUGGAAGACAUGACAGUAAGUGGCAAGAACAAAAACUGCACAGCCAUCUGGGAGGCCUUCAGAGUGGUGCUAGACAAGGAUCCCUGCUCCGUCCUCCCCUCAGACUAUGACCUCUUCAUUAGCCUCUCCAGGCACUCCAUUCCUAGAGACAAGUCACUGUUCUGGGAAAAUAACCACCUACUCGUUACCAGCUAUGCAGAGAACACCCGUCGCCUCAUGCCCCUGUGCGAUGUUCUGUAUGGCAAGGUUGGGGAUUUCUUGAGCUGGUGUCGACAGGAAAAUGCCUCUGGACUUGAUUACCAGUCCUGCCCCACAUCAGAAGACUGUGAAAACAAUGCUGUGGAUGCCUACUGGAAAAGUGCAUCCAUGCAGUAUUCAAGAGACAGUUCUGGGGUGAUCAACGUCAUGCUGAAUGGCUCAGAGCCAAAAGGAGCCUAUCCUGUGAAAGGGUUUUUUGCAGAUUUUGAAAUCCCAUACUUACAAAAGGAUAAAGUCACAAGAAUUGAGAUCUGGGUCAUGCAUGAAGUUGGGGGACCCGAUGUGGAAUCCUGUGGCGAAGGCAGUGUGAAGAUCCUGGAAGACAGACUGGAAGCCCUGGGGUUCCAGCACAGCUGUAUCGAUGACUACCCACCAGUGAAGUUCUUAAUGUGUGUGGACCACAGCGCUCACCCCGACUGUGUGAUGAACUCAGCCUUGGCAACUAUGCAGAGGGAGAGGCCAUCUCUUCAUGCAGCAGGAGAUGCCACCCUUAUCAUUUCUCUGUUGGUGGCUUUGGCUUCAAGCUCUCAAGUGUGACCAGAAAAUCACCACGCUGUUCUAGUAGAACCCGCUUUGCAUCUACCCUUGAACAGCCCACCUGUUCUGUGUAAACCAAGAGAGCCUACUGUCGAAAGACAUGUCCUUCUAUGAACAGUGUAACCAGAUAGGAAUCCAAUCAUACUCAUGUUCAUGAUUCAAGAAACAAAGCACUUGGCUAGUCCCACUUGGCAGGCAGAAUUUGUGACCACAAAGUUAAAGUACUCCUUCUUAUUUUAACCAUGAUACCAAGUGCUGAGACAUGGGGUGUAGUAUAAUCUUAUAUAAUUAAAUAUA